AUGACCAACAUCACAACUACUCCUACUCCUGUCCGUGUGUUUGUCGGGAAUAUAUUUCAUGAUUUUGAUUCUUGUUUGAAUGAUUUAUAUAAAAGAUUUGGUACAUUUGGGUCCUGUCUUGAUCCUCAUUUUGAAAAACAUGGUACAUUUGCAUAUUUAAAUAUGUCAUUCGAUCCCACGAAGAACGAUAAGGGGUUUGAAUUCUUGAAAAGGAGUUUAAAUAAUGUGAAAUUUAAAGGUAAUGUCUUAAAGAUUGAUAUGGCUAAACCUAAUUGGGAAGAAACUUGGAAAUUAAGACACGAGUCAGAUAUCAAAGAGAACGUAAAGAAGGAGAAAUUUAAUGCCAAGCAAGAUUGGAAACAUUAUAAGAAAUUGGAAAAUAUUUCGUUAUCUUUGAAGGAUCAUCAAGAAUUAAUGAAGGGAAGAAUGAGGAAAACACCAAGAAAGAAAAGUGAAUUGAGAAAGAUUACAUUUAGAAUCAACGUUAAUGGUUCAUUAAAAGUUUAUAAAUGUUACAAGACAAAACUUUGGGGGUAUGAAAGAAACAAAGAUUUGAGAGAUUUAGUAGUUAAAUUUGUCGGGAAUAAAUGGAAAAAUGGAUUCGAUCAUAUUGUUGAUAAAUUAGAUUACAGUAGAUCGAAUAAAAAUUUCCAGUCAAGAGUAAUUGAAUUUAAGACGAAAUCUAACACUGGAUCUAUAUCAUUGGGUAUGGAAAAUGAUAGUGGGGACGAAGAUAUGUCUGAAGAAGAAAAGGAAAAGAAUAACGAAGUCCUAUCUAAAGUCUUACAAGAUUUUGAUUUCGAUAAACCAAUGAAGAUUUCUUUGGACGAUGAUGAUGUUGACGACGAAGAUGAAGAAAUGAGGGGACAACAAAAUAAAAAUUACGAUACCAACUAUAAUAAUAGAGAAAUACGCGAAGAUAGAGAUGUACAGCAAAGACAUACACAAGUUGAAACGGAAAGCAUAACCGAAAAUGAAGGAGAAGAAGAAGGAGAACAAGAAGAAGAGGAAGAAUUUAUUCCAACUUUCGGUGCUACUACUACCUCUGUUGAACAACCUGCUUCAGUUGUGGAAGGUACAAUCAGUAAUACGAAGACAUUAAGAAAUUUAUUUGCUCCAGAUGAAUCACAAUCCACCACAUCGUUCAAGCUAAUUGAAGAAAAUGAUGAAGACAUUGACCAUGAAAGAGAUGAAGAAAUGAAAAGGAAACAACAACAAGAACGCGACGAAUACAUGGCUACACAUGUCCCUGUAGUGGACACUCCAAUAAAUACGAAUGAAUUAAAGGAAAAUAAGAACUUCUUAUUCUUCCCACAUCAUGACUCUCCUUUCUUAGUUGGUCAAACUCAAUUAACGAAAAUUAUUGCCAAUUCUAUCCCAUCUGAGAAGGUUGGUGAAGAUAAUAAAGACACCAUUAAUAAUGGGAACAAUAAUAAUAAUCCAUUAUACAACUGGGAAGAUGAAUUUUGGGGGAAUAGAGGUGUAUGGAUGAAGGAAAUGAAAAAUAGGAAAAGAGAUGCUCUACGACAAUUGAGGAAAAGAAGAAACCACAACAAUGAUAGACAAGGGAAUGGGUUAUUAAUUUAA